AUGGGUCUUGCUAACCUUUCUUGGGGCCUCCUUGCCAUCGCAGGGAGCGCCGUGGCCGCCGAAUUUCAGCCCAUCAUUGCCAAGGGUUCCAAGUUUUUCUACCAAAACGGAACCCAGUUCUACAUAAAGGGCAUCGCUUACCAGCAGGAAUUCAGUCCCGGAGCUUCUACCACCGCUUCAGGGAAUUUUAUCGACUCCGGUGCUGAUGAGCUGGCUUGCAAGCGCGACGGCCCUAUUCUCAAGGAGGCCGGCGCCAGUACUCUCCGAUUCUACGGCAGCGAUCCCGCGGCAAACCACGAUGCAUGCAUGAGGGUGUUCCGGGACCUUGGCCUUUAUGUCAUCAUCGAUAUCGGUGUGCCUGGCAAAUCAAUCAACCGUGAUGAUCCUCACUGGGACAUAGACCUGUAUGAACAUUUCACUGCCGUCAUUGAUACCAUGUCCCAGUACGACAAUGUGAUCGGCUUCAUUGCCGGCAACGAGGUCUCCAACUCCAAGAACAACACUGAAGCUUCUGCCUACGUCAAAGCCGCUAUCCGAGACAUGAGGGCCUACAUCAAGAACAACAAGAAGAUUACGAGACAGCUGUUUGUCGGCGUCGCUGCCAACCAUGAUCCAGAUAUCCUCGAACCUCUGGUUCAAUACUUCGCUUGCGACGACGGCACGGACUUUUUUGGCAUCAAUGUCUACUCUUGGUGCGGAAAGAGCUCCAUACGGCAGUCUGGCUACGAUCAGCUAUCCAAGUUAUUCGAGAACUACACUGUCCCCGUCAUGUUUGCCGAGUACGGUUGCAACACCGUCGGCGGCGGCGCCAACCGUUUUUUCCACGAAACCACGGCUCUCUACUCCGAGGACAUGACCAGAGUCUUCAGUGGCGGUUUCGUCUACAUGUACCACCAGGAAGCCAACGACUAUGGCCUGGUCGAGGUCUCCAACGGCAAGGCCACCAAGCUCAAGGCCUUUUACGCCCUGAAGAAGAAGCUCAACGAGGCCAAGCCCAAGACGAUGGAAAUUUCCGACUACACGCCUGGGGGCAAGGCGAACGAGUGCCCCGAGUUGGCCGACAACUGGCGGGCUAACAAGCGUCUCCCUCGUACCCCCGACAAGAGUCUCUGCUAUUGCGCGUUUGACACCAGAGGUUGUGUCGGCAACUCGGACAUCUCCGCCAAGCGAACCAGUGACAUCUUUGGGUACAUCUGCGGAGAAUCUCCUGAAAUUUGCGCUUCUAUCGACGGCAAUGCCACCACUGGCAGAUACGGCAUCUUCAGCAUGUGCAGCGCCAGGGAGAAGCUUGCCGUUGUUGUCGAUGGUCAUUACAACAAGCAAAAGAAGGCAAAGGAUGCUUGCAACUUUGGUGGCUCUGUCCACAUCCAGAGUGCCAAGUCGGAGCGUUCCUGCACCGCCGCCUUGGCCAAGGCCAGCAGCGACGCCGACAAGAAGGGCGCUACAGCCAUGGACACUGACGACAGUUUCGCCGUUCAUGGCGCUCCGGUUGCCCACGUCUUGGCUAUUGGUGACUUUUCCAUUGGCCUCUACAUGUUGGUGGCCCUCUGCGUUGGUGCUGGCAUGGUUGCUCUGUAA